UGCAACAACCCUUCCUUUUUCCUCUCGUCGUCCCAUGUGCAUCCAUCUUCGCCACACAAAUUACAAAUUUUCAUUUUAAAUAGUCUCCACUAUCUUUAGUCCUUAUUUAUUUUCAUCGAUUGUGUCGUGUGUAUAGUGCUACGGGGUUCAUCUGUACACAAUUUUCAAGGGCACAAUUGUUCGAAUAGAAAAGUGCAAAGUUAGAUUUGGUUAAUAGAAUCCUUAAUUCAUAAUUGGUUAAUGUGACCUUGACCGAAGAGGACAACCUUCUUUCUAAAAGAAUUGUUUCAAAUAAAGACUGAACUGCAAUGGAAGAGUACGCGCGAGAACCCUGUCCAUGGCGGAUUGUUGACGAUUGCGGUGGAGCAUUUGCAAUGGGUGCUAUUGGCGGAUCUCUCUUUCAAGCAAUAAAAGGCUUUCGAAACGCUCCUGCAGGAAUGUCCCACCGGUUCACAGGCAGUUUAACAGCAAUUAAAGCACGAGCUCCAGUGAUUGGAGGACAAUUUGCGGUCUGGGGAGGCUUAUUUUCCACUAUUGAUUGCACCCUUAUCAAGAUUCGAGGGAAGGAGGAUCCAUGGAAUGCAAUCAUCAGCGGAGCUGCAACUGGAGGAAUUCUUGCAGCCAGGAGUGGCGUGGGUGCUAUGGCUGGAAGUGCUCUGAUCGGAGGAGUCCUUCUCGCCAUGAUUGAAGGUGUUGGAAUCAUGUUUAGUCGUCUUGCGGCAGAUCAAUUUAGGCCUUUGUCACCGGACGAACAAAUACAGAUGAUGAGACAACAAGACCCAAAUAACCCUAACCUUUUUCCAAAUCCACUAAAUGGUAGUGAAUCAUCGUACCAAAACGCAUAAGUCAUUAAUAUUUAUGUCCUUACAUACUACCUUCUAUAAAUUCGAAGUUGGAAUAUGAACAGCAACUUCUCUCAAGUAUAUAUCCAAUUUAUUUGGCAACUCUUUGUAAACAGUCGAGGUAUAUAUUUAACCAUCCUUGUAAAACUCAGCUUUCAUUGCAUAUAUAUAUGUAUCAGACAUUUUGACAAAAUAUUGUUAUUUUCAGUUGUUUUAAGUGUAGUAAAUUGAAUCUGUCGCAAGAAUCGAAACAGUAGUAAUAAACGCAAUCCUCCUAAAAUAA